UUGAGUUUUUAUAAGCAGUGCGUCAUAUCACGUUCACAAACACUGUUAUAUCAGACUUCAACCAGACUGGAUGGGAAUACUAGAGAAACGGUGUUGAGGAAAUAAAAAGUUACUGGAAGUCUUUUGGGGAGUGUUUCUCUGAUUUUUAGAACUGAGAUUGGAAAUUGUGUUUUCAAGUAUUGAAGUUUCAAUGUUGUUGUCUACGGAAAACUUGGCACAAUUCAAGUUAGGGUUACAAAGUUUGGUGUCACAAUGAGUGUUGAUGUGUUGUGUAUGGAGUUAUUGAACACAGUGGGUUUUUGACACCUUGUCUAUGGAUUACGGCAGUACCCUGUUUGUCAAUAAACAACUUCUGUAAAGUGCAACUGUUGAAAACUGUGUGUUUGGGACUUCUAUGAAGAUCAACAUUGGAUUGGAUUUGAAAUGGCCAGAAUGCGACAAAUGUUGUUUGAGAGUAUGACAAGAGAGAUCUUGCUAGCCAAUACAUCGUCUAAGACAAUGGAGAUAGACCAGUCCACCUUUGAUGCUAUGCCUCGGACACAACGUCUGAAGCUUGCCAAGAAGGUCCGACAAGAGCAACUAAGGAAGUACUACGCCAGAGAGCGAGAAAACCAGAAUAAAGAGAACGAAGACCAGCCCCGCUCCCCCAAUAAGAAGGGUACGAGGGUGAACUUUGGCCUUGCGUAUCAGCUCAGAGAUGCAAUCACAAGGUUCGAUGUGAGAGAAGUCUUAGCAUUGUUAAGCCAGGGAGCGGACCCAAACACAUCGUCUGAGAGUGGUGUCACCGUACUGCAUCAGUGUUGUCUAGAUGACAACCUAGCAGCAGCAGAGAUACUCGUAUCCCGUGGGGCCAAUGUCAACGCACAGGAUGAUGACUGGUGGUCACCACUUCAUGCAAGCUGUGCAUGUGACUAUUCAGAAAUCACACAGUUACUCCUAAAUAACCAUGCUGAUGUGACGCUUUUAGACAUCGACGGUAACGUACCCCUAGAUCACGCGACGGAAGGAAGUGAGGCCAGAUUAGUAAUGGAGCAGUACAUGGAGCAAGUCGGGAUGGAUUACAGUACGUUAAAGGGAGUGAAACACCGAGAGGCAGACAGGAUGUUAUCGGAUGUCAAGGAGUUUUUAUUGACUGGAGGGAAUGUUAACACUGCUAACGACAGAAACACAUCACUGCUUCAUAUAGCAGCGGCCAACAACUACCGUGAGGUCGCUAAGUAUCUCUUAGAUCGCAAUGCGGAGAUCGACAUCAUGGACGAUGAGUUAAUGACUCCACUGCACAUUGCGGCCAGAUUCGGCCAUACUAAGAUGGUCAAACUAUUGACCAGAAGAAACGCUAACCCUAAGAUUGCCAACAUUAAUGAAGAGACGCCACAAGACAUCGCUGCUACAGAACUUAUUCAGCAGAUGCUGAAGACUGCCAUGCAGGAGUACUUACCAAACCGCAUCAAGCCGGUCAGUCCCAAUGAUGAGGAGAUUUACGAGGAACUCCCAGAGUCUAAGGGAGUCGUCAGAAUCAACAGCAAGAACCUCCGAGCAAGGUCCUCUUCCUUGUCAAAGACAGAAGAGAUCUUUGAAGCUCAGACGAGACUUCCAGACGAUGAGAAAAGAUCCAGCCGAGAUAUUGAGGAGUCUAUAAAUAGCCCUGAUCUGAAGGUCCCCAAAGAGGAAGACACGGUUUACCUGCCACGUACCAGUUCAACCGAUGACCUGACAUCAAUGUCGGAGUUAUCACAGAACAUGAUUCUCCAAGAGCUGAUGCUGAGAUAUACCAAAGAUGUCAUCUAUACUUAUGUUGGUGACAUCCUCAUAUCUGUCAACCCCUUCAAAUCACUCCCCAUCUACUCUAACCAAGUCGCCCGCCAGUACUCGGACCUCGCUGACCGAAGCUCCCUCACCCCGCACAUAUUCUGCAUAGCGGACCGCGCCUACCGAGCGAUGCUACGAGAGGGCCAAUCACAAUGCUGCAUUAUCAGUGGUGAAAGCGGAGCCGGCAAGACAGAAUCCGCCAAAUAUUUUGUCAAGCACAUCUUGAUGACGGCUCAGAGUGAAGAGAGUCUGCUCAAUGAUAAAAUUCAGCAGGUCAAUCCCUUGCUUGAGUGUUUUGGCAAUGCCCAAACCGAAAUGAACGACAACUCCAGCCGUUUCGGCAAGUAUCUGGAGUUAUUGUUCUCCAGCGACGGUCACGUCCAGGGAGCUUCGAUAUCCGAGUACCUCCUUGAGAAAUCACGAGUCAUUGCUCAGGGCGAGAGAGAAAGAAACUUCCAUAUCUUUUACUUGAUGUAUGGCGGUCUGUCGGACGAGGAGAAGAUGGAGUAUGGAUUGAGUAAUCCUGAAUCUCACAGGUACCUAAACCAAGGCCAUGAUGUGAGAAAAGCUGUUAACACGGCAUCCCGCCAGAAAUUCCAGUCAGUACGAGAUUGUUUCCGCCAUAUUGGUUUCUCAAAAGAUGAUGAGGACAGUGUUUAUCGAACCUUAGCGGCAGUCCUCCAUCUCGGUGAUCUUAAGUUCACCCAAUCAGACACAGACAUGGCUCGCCUUGUCAACCAAGAGGUCUUGGAGAGGGUCUCUGUUCUCCUUCAAGUGUCUUCUGAUGAGCUUGGAGGGGCCAUCAUGUCAGAGACCACAUAUACCAGAGGUGAAGCCAUCACCAAAGUUCGCACCGUGGAACAAGCAGAAGAAUGCCGUGAUGCACUAGCCAAAGCAAUCUACAGUCGUCUCUUUAGCUGGGUGGUGAACAACAUCAAUCAACUUCUUCAACCCGUAGAGGAAAGUGAAAGCGCCUAUGAGAUCGGAGUGCUCGACAUCUUUGGAUUUGAGAACUUUAAUAAGAAUAGUUUUGAGCAGAUUUGCAUCAAUCUUGCCAAUGAGCAGUUUCAGAACUUCUUUAAUGAGCACGUCUUCUUGAAGGAACAAGACGACUGCGAGAGGGAAGGCAUCGCUCUAGACAAGAUUAACUUCACUAACAACAAACCAUGUCUGGAUCUCUUUCUGGAGCGACAUACUGGCAUCAUCGCACUGAUUGAUGAAGAGAGUCAUUUUCCGAGAGGAACCAAUAAAUCCAUGGCAACCAAGCUUCACAGCGGGCUCAGCGCCAAGGCCAAGAAUGUCUACUUUGCACCCAAGGAUGGUGGUCUUACAUUUGGUGUUCUACACUAUGCUGGCAUGGUGCACUAUGACCUGAAUGGGAUACUAGAGAAGAACAGGGACACUCUCGCUAAGUCUGUUCACUUCACAAUGAAAACAAGUUACAGUUCCCUGAUUCGUGAGAUGUUCCAGAGCAAAGUCACUCGUACAGGUUCCAUCGCUCCCAGCAUACGACAACGUGCAACAAGGAAGUCUCGUAAGCAAUCCGUCAAGAACACCAAUGAUGCGUUUGAAUUCUUCCGCAAAAAGCGCAUGUCAGAACGAGAAAGUCUGAGACGACAUAAGUUGGAGAGGCCUGUCUUGGGAACAGAAAGGAAGGGAGCUGCAACGGUGUUGUUUCAUUUCAAGAAUUCCUUGGCGGAGUUAAUCAAUAAGAUGAUGCACUCCUCUCCCCACUUCAUCCGUUGUAUCAAACCAAACACGGCCAAACUGCCGGACAAGUUCACUCCGGAGUACGUGAUUGCCCAGCUACGCUACACGGGUGUCAUGGAGACAACCAGGAUCCGACAGAGUGGGUUCCCGCUACGCUUGACACCCGAGGAGUUUAUCAAGAGGUAUGGGGCUCUGGUGGAGUUUUCAACGGACAGGAAAUCAGGAGCUGGGGAUCUGCAGAAGUGUAAAGAUGCGCUGAAACAUCACAACGUUACAGACUGGAAGCUUGGCAAGUCGUCCAAGUUUUUCUUCCGGCAUUGGCAUGCGGAGAAACUGGGAGAGAUAAGCCGUGUUCUGGAAGGAAAGAUAGUAACAUGUCAGAAAGUGGUACGAGGCUUUCUAAGCCGACAAGGAAUGAAAAGCUUCUUUGGGCAUUGGAAUCGACAGAAAGAAUGCGUAGCCAACUUCUUGAAUGAAAUCAGCGCAAAGGGAGAUGCGGUGCUGGAGGUGCUGGAGAGCUGCAACGAUCAUGAUGAGACUACGCUUGUAGUGAAGGGACUCUAUGAUAUUGCUGCGUCGGGGGAGAACAAAGAAGGAGGCACGGUAGAAGAGAGAAGUGAUGAGAAUGUCUCGACAGAUUCUAAUUAUGCCCAUAUGGAAGGAAAUGUGCGACUGUCAGGAGUGAUUUCAGAAUUGUCGUAUGAGUGUAUGACUGGCAAUGGCUACAGUAACCAAGAUAUGUACGUUAGUAAGCCUGAACUGGACAGACGCCAAUCUACCCUGCCUUAUCAGCUGACUGCAGAUCAAAUAAAAGCAAACAAGAACAUACUUUCCUCGUCGCUUACACAAGCAGACGAGGAACCGACGCCAAAGGAAGCCGACAACGUUUUUGACGAACCGAUCUACGAACUACAUUUGGGACCCGAUGCAAGCAUAAAUAUCGGCGGGGCAACUCAACAUCUGGAAGAGCCUUCGCCACGUAGUGGCUCACUGAGUAUGAACUCAUCACCAUUCCAGCCAGGGGGAGAUAUGUUUCCCCCUCCCCCGCCCCCGCCCCCUCCAUCCCAGAAUGGGUUCGUGCAAGGAGACAGUGAGGACACCUACGUCCCAAUGGGUGACCUCCCACCCCCUCCACCGAUGGAAAUUGCCCAUGAUCUAGAGGUUGCAAACAUACCCAGUGAUUUUCCUCCUCCACCGCCGAUGUCGGACGUCAGCGAGGAGACGAAACAGAACAUUGCAAACAUCCGAGCGCGAUUCCUACAGGAGGAGAAACAUGGUUCGGAGGUCACGGUCGACCAGAAGAAACGGUGGAGCGCCGCCGAUGAGCCAGAGGGAGUUGCCAAGAAAGAACGCAUUGCAGCCUUCAAGGCGCAGUUUGAAUCCGCCGAGAAAAGACAAUCCUCUCCCGAGAAAACUCGAAGUCGACCGUUGUCCGAUAUACAUGAUCAAUACCCACCAUCUCGGAUGCAAGAAGAGGUUGCAGCGGUUAAGAGAAGGCCCCCUGCGCCGACUCGAGACCCCCAUACCCGUCUUACGAUGGGAACCGAACAGAUGGUCGCAUAUCAUGAGCAGAAACAGCGUUGUAUGUCCAGCGCUGAAACGUCCUCUACCCAAUACCCAGUAUCACAACCAUCUAAUUAUCCCAGGAGGUAUUCGGACACCCAGGGGAUUCCCCCGCCUCCAGACAUGCCUGCCCCUCCCCCUCCACAGGAAUCGCUCUACGGAAAUGUCUCUGAGCCCCUCUAUGGCAAUGUUAAGCAGGCACAGCAAGUAGUAGUCCAACACACCCCACAGGCAGUCCAACUAGCCCCACAGGCAGUCCAACAACCUAUUUAUGGGAAUCUUCCCGAAACCUCCCCUAACCAAGCCCCUCACAACAAUGCUCACCGAAAUUCAAACGUUCCUUACUCAUUGUACAAGGACAGCUCCUCGCCCCCUUCUGUUUCUCAUCAGCCUCAAUCAAAUCACUUCCAACAACAACAACAACAACAACAACAACAUCACCAACAACAACAUCACCAACAACAACAACGACAACAACAACAACUCUACGGCAACCUACAGCAGCCAGAUCCAUCGCUGAACGAGUUAUAUGCGAACAUUCCUCCCCCGCCCACUGAAGCCCCACCCCCAAUUCCAUCGAAUGCCAGCAAUGUUUUCACGAGGAUCCCUGGAGUUGUGAAAGCCUCUAAGUCAUCUGUACCUCCUCCUCCGAUGCUGGACAAUGCAGGGGCAGCCCCGCCCCCACCACCCGGCCCUGCGCCCCCUCCACCGCCUGGCCCUGCACCCCCUCCACCCUCAGGGUUACCCGUAGCACCCUUUGCCCCUCCUCCCCCGCCUUCUCCGUCUGCUCCGAUGGGAGGGUCAUCAGGACAUGGUGGAGGCCUCUUAGAUGGGAUCAUGAACGUGCAGUUGUCGUCAGUUGCGCCUGACACCGAAAGGAAGCGUAAAAAGUCUGAAGCACCAAUGGAUGAUCUGGUGGCUGAGUUACUGUCAGGAGCUCACAGACUCCGUCCUACUCCAAAGCCAGUCAAAGGUCCAGGCACAGAGGGACAAGUCGCUGACCCUGAUGAGCAAGCCAAGAUCAUCAACAAGCGUCAGCCACCCCCAGUCAGCCCGACUAAGCCAUCGAAGACCCCUCCAAACCCAGCCCUGAAGAGUCCUGGCCCCAAAACCCAAGCCAAACCCAUCCCGUUCGUCGCUCCAAAACCCAAGACCAAAUCAACAUCUAGUGAUGAUUACCUUGGAGUGAUACCUCCACCUCCGUCUGUGACGGCAGGCAUGUGUGUUACAGCUAGACCGACCGCCAACCACCCUCCUGCCCACCAGGGUGUUGCCACUAAGCCAGGAGUCAUCCCUCCUCCUGCCCACCAGGGUGCUGCUUCAUCAAACGGAGUCGGGCAAGGUGCUUCCCCGCCUCAAGAGGAUGAUCUGCCUCCUUGGAAGAAGGCCAUGAGAGAUAAAAAACUCAAGGAGCAACAGCAAAAGGAGGCAGAAGAAGCGAUGAAGAAACAACAAGAAGACGCCAAAUGGAAAGACAUCCCAGAAUGGAAGAAGAAGAUGAUUAUGGAGAAGGAGCGCAAGAAGGCUGAGGAGGCACAGGCCGCCGUUGACCAUGACAAGGAAGAGCGAGAAGCCAAGAUUAAGGCUAUGCCGACGUGGAAACGGAAUCUCGUCAAGAAGAAAUCCACAUCGGAUGAAACAAAUAAUAAUGGGAUGUAAGAUUGUAUCGGACUGCCACAGAUAUUUCCAUGUGUAUAUUAACAAGGGUUCCCAUAGAUCUGGAAAAUCAAGGAAUGUAUUGUGGAAAGUCAUAGAAAAAUUACUUUUGAAAUCAUGUAAAGAAAAAAUUAAUGGGAGAUAAGAUUAAAUCGUGCUGCCAGCAUCUCCAUACAUAUUCACUGUGUAUAUACAUGUAUUAACCAGGGUUCCCAUAGACGUUGGAAAAAAAAAAACCCGGAAAAUCAAGGAAUGUAUUGUGGAAAGCCAUGGAAAAGUUCUGGAUUGUUGUUACUUUUUUUGUCAAGAAGAAAUCCACAUCGGAUGAAACAAAUAAUAACGGGUUGUAAGAUUGUAUUGGACUGCCACGGAUAUUUCCUGUGUAUAUACAUUUUGUAUUAACUAGGGUUCCCAUAGAUGUUGGGGAAAAACAUGGAAAAUCAAGGAAUGUAUUGUAGAAAGUCAUGGAAAAGUUCUGGAUUUUUUUUUUCGUUUGGAAAAACUGGUCAAGAAGAAAUCCACAUCGGAUGAAACAAAUAAUAAUGGGAUGCAAGAUUGUAUUGUACUGCCAACCAUAUCCCAACAUAUUCACUAUGUAUAUUAACCAUGGUUCCCGUAGAUGGAAAAUCCAGGAAUCUAGUGUGAAAAGUUACAAUAGUCAGGAGAUAGUCCAAGAAGUCUGGGUGUAUGUCUGUAUUUAUACAGUAAUGCAUGGUUUCUAUAAAGGGUCACCAUUUUAAGUGGCUAGACUUUUACACAGAAAUGAAAUUGUUAAAUUAUGUUUGAUACUAUAUGUUUGUUGGUUAAUUGCAAAUCAAGUGACCAAUGUUGACCAUUCCAUGUAAAUGAUUACUUACCUACAGGUUGUCAAAAAGCGCUGGUGACUUUAUUUCACCAUUUUUUAUAUCACAACUGAGUGAUCAGAACAAAACAAUUUUAAUUUGAGGACAAUUAUGAAUUCAGGUAUAAUUAUUUCCUGAUAAUUUAACUUGACCAAUAUUCAUUCCAAAUUUAAAUAUUUAGCACUGCAGUUCUGAAAAAAAAUGCAAUCAUGUUUCAUACAUUGACACACGUUUGUCUGUGUUGUGUUGUCAUUUAGCCUUUGAGAUAAAGACUCUGCUUACGUCCGAAUUUAAUGCCAUUAAACCUUAUGGAAAAUGAUAUUUAUAUAUACGACUUUUCACAAAAAAGGGAAACAAAACUAAAAUGGAAUUAUUUGGAUCUUGAUUCCUGAUUUCACUGAAAUUCUUAAUUUAAAGGUUUUUUUUAACUGGCAUUUUUCUACGAAUUGCUGUUUUGUUAAGACAGUAUGUCCACUUUUUUCACUGCUGAUGAUUCAUUCCUUAAAAAGUUGCUUUCAUUUUGAUAUAUGACUAGAAUUAUGGUUGAGUUUAGAAAAGCACAAAAAGGUCAAAGGUGUAAACAUGGACAUCAUGGGUGCAUUUUUGUGGCUGUAACCAGUGAUUAACCAAUGGCUAAUUUAACUGAAACAGUCUUUGGUUUUGACUGUUAACAACCAAAUUAUUGACAAAGUGUGUUUUGAAUAUAACUAUUUUGUUGACUUCUGUUGUCUUUCCUGGUUUAGUAAAAAUAUUUCAGUAAAAAAAAUGUUGGUAGUUGGUCUGAAAAGCCAUGGAGGUAGGAAUGUACCUUCAUGGAAAACUUAAUACAGUUUUAUGUUGAAAAUAGUUGUUUUAUUCUGUGAAUGAGUUGUACAAUAUGCGAUAAAAUGGAUAUUGACAAUGUGUCUAAUAAAUAUUUUGGAACAAUAGGAGACUUUGGAAACACUCAAUGGCAGCAGACUUACCAGGUUAAUUGUUCUUUUAAAUGAGCUAAUGUUCAAAAAUGUCUUUUUAGAAGUAAAUUGACCUCUGAAUACCUACAUGUAGUGUUCCCCAGUCUCCUAAAGUUUGCACAUAAUUUUGGACCAUUUCUGAACAAUUGUUCCAAUUUGUAAGUUUUAUUUAUGGCGUCAUGAUAAAAAUUUGUUAUUUCAAAAUAUAAAUAUUUUCUUAAAAAUUCUGCAACUUGGGGAUGAUGACUUUUGAUUUUGUUUUGUAGCAAUAAUCAAUGAUAUUGUAAUCUUCAUUAAUAGUGCUUCAUAUCCUUUCAGAACAAACAUUGCUGUUCUUUUUAUUGUUGGCGAUUAUGUAGAUCUAUUUAUAAUAUAUUACUCAAACAUCUGUAUUAUUAUCGAGAUUAGUGGUAAGUUAAGAUUAUGCAAACGUAUGCAAAUUGCAUUUCUAAUUCCAAGAAGUGAGAUGGACAAAUGAAAGAUUUUUUUUCUUCACUUUUCGACAACAUUUUAAGAAAGGUUUUUGAAGAAAUAUUCUAAAUCAAUAAGUAAAAAACUUAAUAUAAGAAAUGUUUUAUAUACAAUGUAUUAAGGGACAGGGUAAUUAACGACUUAACCGUAGUUUCUUUUCAUUGAAAGUAAUUUGUAAAUAUUUAUGUUAAAAUGGUAAAUAACAUGACAAAAGCAGUCGUACUUAACGGUUAACUUUGAUUGGCAUUUCCAAUAGGUAUGCAUGUGAAUGUGAAGUGUACAAAAUGAACUAAUGCGAGAAGGUGUCAAUACAACACAAAAUACUUCAAUGCUAUUGUCCUUAAUGACAUAUUUAUGAUUUACUAACAAGGAGUUAACCAGGCUGUUACAUAAAUCACAAUCUUGAUUCUGAUUUUUAAAUUUAAGGUUUGCCUUCAGGUUAUCUUUCAAUUAUUACUUUUAUGUUUUGAAAUGUGAUUUGUGUGUUUGCGCGCACCUGCUCUAAUGUCCAUGUUACAUGGGGCAACAUAAAAUAAUGUCUGGUACAAUGACUUGCUUAAUUCCUCAGACUAAAGAGACAGUUGCUAUGUCAAAUAGUUUGGCUUUUUAUUUAAAUAUGAUGCACUCUUUGAGGCUAUUUUUUAUAUGCACUGCCAUUCUGAUGAGCAAAAAAAAA